CCUGCUUGUGCAGAGAGAUGAUGUGAACUGAGAGGCAUACCCAAUGAGCGAAGCCUGAUUACAGGCGUUCUGUGUUUACACAUGACGUGUGCCCUUAAAGACGACAGAUCAGGAGAGACAAUUGAGCAUACAGGUAGAAGAAGGGAAUGGAUCAUAUACUUGCGGAUCUCGCACUGAGCGGACGCGCACAAGCCACAUUUUAGACCGUCGCGUUUUGGAUUAUCAAUAGACUCCCAUCGCUAAUUUCGAGAUACUCACUGACUAAAUCACUUUCUGGUCCACACAAACAUUGCAAACAAUCAUGUUUGUAUUCGUAAGGACUGUUCUUUUUGCAAAUGUUUUACUUAUGAAAUACGAAACUGUUCGUUCCAUGCAGAGUCAGUUGUGCGUUCCAGUCAGAUUAGACACUAAUCAAUUUGCAAAUAAUUUCGUCGAUUCUAAGAUCGGUAAAUUACCACAAAAGGUGGCUUUUAAAAUUAGCGCAUUUGAUCAGGAUUUUGUUCUUGAGUUGCAUCCAGAUGCCAGCUUCAUGGCACCUACUCUGUCGACGCAUAUCGUCUCCAAUGCUCCAAAUUCAGCUGACAGCACAGACCUGAGCCGGUGUUUCUAUGCGGGUGACGUGAAUUCUGACCCGUUUUCAUAUGCAGCUCUUAGUUUAUGCAAAGGCUUACAAGGUGCAUUUGGUUAUGACGGCUGGGAAUAUUUCAUCAAUCCGUUUUCUAACAACACGACUUCGGGGGCUCGCUGGAGCGCAGAGAACGCGCAUGUCAUCCGACGGCGGUCCAACGCCAACCUAAGCUCUAACUCCACGUCCCGGUGCGGCGUGGACAGUGGUAUGACACAAACCGUCGCUCGGUCUUUGGAAAAGUUUCAACAACUUAAGGAACUGCACAUGAAAAACAUGACUGAAUCUGUCUUGAGAAGUCGGUCCAAAAGAUUCGUCUCGGUCCCUCGAUAUGUGGAAACACUGAUAGUUGCCGACGAGUCCAUGGCUAAAUUCCAUGGCGAAGAUCUUAAACAUUACCUAUUGACCCUAAUGUCAGUGGCAGCGCGGCUUUACAAGCACCCGAGCAUUCUCAACUCUAUAAGCGUCGUGGUCGUCAAGUUUAUGGUGAUUAACGAGGAAGACAAAGGUCCCAAAGUGUCCGGCAACGCAGCGAUGACCCUACGUAAUUUCUGCACCUGGCAGAAGAAAAUGAACAAAAACAACGACAAGCAUCCGGAGUAUUGGGACACGGCCAUUCUUUUCACGAAACAGGACCUAUGUGGAGCCUCCACCUGUGACACGCUGGGCAUGGCAGAUGUUGGAACCAUGUGUGACCCUAAGAGGAGCUGCUCAGUGAUUGAGGAUGACGGCCUGCCAUCCGCAUUCACCACCGCGCAUGAACUCGGCCAUGUCUUCAAUAUGCCCCAUGACAAUGUCAAGGCAUGUGAGGAUGUAUUUGGGAAGCUUCGGGACAAUCACAUGAUGUCUCCGACGCUUAUCCGGAUCAACCGCACCAGCCCUUGGUCUCCCUGCAGUGCUGCCAUCAUUACAGAUUUCCUCGACAGUGGGCAUGGUGACUGUCUACUGGACCAGCCUCAGAAGCCCUUGGUCCUAUCAGACAUCCUCCCUGGUGUAUCCUAUGGCUUGGAGAGGCAGUGUGAGCUGGCUUUUGGCACUGGCUCCAAGCCAUGCCCACUCAUGCAGGCACCCUGCCAGCGGCUGUGGUGCACAGGCAAGACCCGUGGGCAGCCCGUCUGCCAGACACGCCAUUUCCCCUGGGCAGAUGGCACAAGCUGUGGUGAUGGCAUGCUCUGCAUGCGUGGGGUGUGUGUAGAGAAACAGGAGGUCAUAAAGGAAAAGGUGGAUGGUAAGUGGGGCAAAUGGGGGGCAUUUGGACCUUGCUCCAGGACCUGUGGUGGAGGGGUGCAGUUGUCAAAGCGAGAAUGCAUUAACCCAGUGCCAGAGAAUGGAGGCAAAUACUGCCAGGGUGUGCGGGUUAAGUACCGCUCAUGCAACCUCAACCCAUGCCCCGAAAUUGGCAAGAGUUUUCGUGAGGAACAGUGCGAGUCCUUCAAUGGCUUCAGUCUUAACACCAAUCGCCUCACACCCUCUGUAGUGUGGGUGCCCAAAUACUCAGGAGUCUCACCUAAAGACAAGUGCAAGUUGAUAUGCAGAGCUAAUGGAACAGGCUAUUUCUACGUACUAGCCCCCAAGGUUGUGGAUGGGACUCCAUGUUCUCCAGACUCCUCGGCAGUCUGUGUCCAGGGUAAAUGCACCAAGGCUGGCUGUGAUGGCAAGCUGGGCUCCAGCAAGAAGUUUGAUAAGUGUGGUGUCUGUGGGGGUGACAACCGGAACUGCAAGAAGGUUUCGGGACUCUUUACAAAACCUAUGCAUGGAUACAAUUUUGUUGUCAUGCUUCCAGUGGGAGCUGCCAAUGUCGACAUCCGCCAGCGUGGCUAUAAGGGCAUAAUGAGUGAUGACAAUUACCUGGCCGUGAAGAACAGCCGAGGGGAAUACCUGCUGAAUGGGAACUACGUGGUGUCUGCCAUGGAGCGGGACAUCCUAGUGCGGGGUAGCCUGCUCCGCUACAGUGGCACAACUCGCCAGUCUGAAACCCUGCAAUCGGUCAAGCCACUGGGGGAGACGCUGACUGUGGAGGUGCUGUCUGUGGGACAGAUGACCCCUCCGCGCAUCCGCUACUCAUUUUAUUUAAGGCGAGAGAGCAAAGAGGACAAGGCACUGAAGAAGGAGGGCCGGACACGGGCUGAGAACAGCGUGCUUGCCGAGGAGGAAGGGUCCGACAGCAUUGGGAAGCGAGCUGACCACUUGAAGAAGAAAAUCCCGCCCCUGUAUACCAAAGAGGACACCUCUCCCGGGAAAUGGGCAGCAGGCAGGUGGGAUGAAUGCUCGGUGACGUGCGGGAACGGCCUCCAGAGGAGGAUGGUGCAGUGCCUGAAAGGAGAUGGGGGACCUGGGACAGACUGUGACCCGGCUAAGAGGCCCAGCGCCAUGCGGGUGUGUGGAGACCCAUGUCCCAUGUGGAAGGUGGGCGAGUGGUCCCCAUGCUCCAAGAGCUGUGGGAAGGGCUUCAAGCGACGACCUCUCCACUGCAGCACCCAGACAGGGAUGCUCCUGCCGAGGGAGCACUGUGCAGGCAUGAAGAAGCCUCAGGAGCUGGACUUCUGUUCAUUAAAAUCCUGUUAACGACUCUUCUCCUAACCCCCAGUCCUUUGUCUUCCAUGUUAACUCCCACCACAGACUUGUCACUUUGUCAAACAGUGUACUCAAAGAAAAAGAACAAACAAUGAAAAAAGAUAAACGACCCGGAACUUUAUUGGUUCUGCUGCAUCUUGUUUUUGUUUUUGCAUCUGCCUGCAAAAGUGGAAAGACAUGAAGACAAUAAAAUGUACAAGUUGGUAAAACAAACAGAAAUAAUAUAAGAGAGAGAAAAAGAAGCAAAAAGACAACAGAACAGCAAGAAAGUAGGUGGAAAGACAGGGUUAAACACAGCUGAAAAUGGUCUUCUACCUCUAACUCUAACGAAACAUUUACAUGACCCAGAUCUCACAAAAUAGCAAUCUUACUGAAUCGUAUUGCCCUUGCUUUUCUGAAGAAUUGACUCAACAGAAACGUGCAUAUACUGACUCAUCUUUGACCAUCUUUGUUUAGUUAAAAUUAGUGUAAAGAUAUUUGCCUGGUCAAUACAAACUGAACUCUUUUGGGCUUGUAUUUAAUAUGUUAUUGUUGAGAACAAGAAUAUUGUUAUGUGAGCAUUUGCUUUUUUACAGUGCGAUCUUUUAAAAUAUUACUGGUCAUAGAGACCAACCCCAACACUAAUAGUCUUCUGGGUCAAAAAAUACACAUUCCACACAGAAGAAAAGAACUACCACAGAAAAAUGCCCUUGUACUGCAUGGAACUGGCUGCCACUGUGUCAUGUUCCCUUUGAGUGUUUUGUUUUUGGUUUUUUUUAUGUAAAAAGCAUAGAGAUGCCAGAGUGGUGAGGCUUAACUGAGAUUAGGUCAGAUAUUAACUUGGUCAAGAGUGUUAUCUUAGCUUGCCUUGAAUAUAGGCUGAAGAUGUUAACAAAAAAUCACUUUAAUUAUUUUGUUGUUCUUCCUUAUCAGUGCUACCAAGCCCAAAGAUAUUUUCUUAGCUGUUUUAUAUCUGAAUUUACAAAGACAUAUUUAGAGUAUGUACACAACUACACAGACAUUUAUCAGACAUAAACCAUAUACCAGAGAAAUCUGACUAAAAGUUAACAUUGUUUCUGUCAUCUGCAGAGUGGGAAAUUGGUGUUCCCCCUUCAUUUAUGGCACAGACAAAAGUAAAGCUAGUUCAUGCUAAUUCAUGCUAGUUCAUGCUAAAAGCAUGACUACAGCAUCCUCUCCUGCACUUUAAUAUAAGGUAGGUAGUAACCAUUCAUGCUGCAGUGUGAGUAUAAAUAGCUGGAAGAGGACACUCUGACAGAUCCUGGAAAAUGGACAUAUAAACAUAUAAAUAUAUAAAUCCCAGAAAUCUAAAAUUAAGAUGAGAACAUCCUCUCAAAAUCUCAGUGUUAGCGCAUUUUUUCUUCUAAGUUUUUCUUCUAAAUCUCAAAGGCUACUUGUCAAUUCAAAGCAAUAAUUUAUAAACAUUUCACCCUACUAGUCUGGCCAAAGUUUUCUGACCAAAGUUUUCUCACCAUGUUCCCUUUGUUGACCAUACUUACAGAAUAAGUGCUUCAUCUCAUUUUGACACCCACCUCCUUCAUUGUUUGUUUACUCGUAUUAAUUACAUUUUUUUUUUUGUUUUAUCAUAAUUGUCCUCUCCACCACCCUUUCCAUUGAGCCAGAAGUGCAGCUGCUAUAAUCAAGCCCUGUCUGGUACAGUUGCCACAGUAAGUUAUUUUUGCAAUUAGGCCGAUUUCUUUUUAAGGAAGUGGUGGCUUAUAUCAUGAGGCGGUACAGUUUCAUGCCUGAUUCCAACCUGGCGAGCCAUUUUUUUUAGACACGGUUAGUGUAAAAUUCCUGUAAUGCAUCAUAUAGUGAAACAUAUAUGUGCGUGAGGUUCUUCAGAGCAACCAUAUUGUCCAUCUAAAAGAUGGUUCCUGUAUUACUUGGAAUGUUUUAUUCAUUUUUUUUUCUUUUGCGCUUUAGUACAGCAAAAGAUUUCAAUGUCCUGCAUGGGCUGCCUUGUAUACCAUGUAUACAUCCAUCUAGCUGUGCACAAAGUAUGUUAUGUAAAUGUAAAUACCUUUUUGUGUCUUGUUAUAUAUGGUUUCUUUUUUUUUUUUUAGUGCUGCCAUUUGAAUUUAAGGUAUUUAUUCCAAAUAAAACAUGUACAAACAAA